CACUCCACUAGUGAACGCCGUCCACCAUUGUGUUAUCGGCGCAGCGCCCGUAGCCACAGGUGAACUCUCCGCCGGUGGAACUUGCCACUUCGAUUUGUUCUGUGCUCCGUCGUCUUCUUCCCGGAGGAAGGGAAGAAGAAGAAGAAGAACAGAUCCAAUCCCCGCUCCAGUUAUCGAUUCUAUUUCUUCUCCCGAUCCCUGUGCAGAUCAGCAGAGAUUAGGUAGCCAUGCUGUGCUCCGGCCGAAUAUUGAUUCCUCCCUCGAAGCCGACCAUCCCUCGCCCUCCCACCUGCAGGUUCGCCCUCGAGAUGAUGACGUGGAGGCUUAACACUCCGCAUAAAUUGAGGUGGAGGCGGCCGGUUGCUUCGGGCGACGCUGACGCUGCUGCCUCACCCUACCCUGUCGACGCGGCCGCCGCCGGUGGUUCGUCCACUGAGAAAAACCCUGCCGGCUUUUGCAUAAUUGAAGGACCUGAAACAGUUCAGGAUUUUGCAAAAAUGGAAUUGCAAGAAAUUCAAGAUAACAUCAGAAGUCGACGGAAUAAGAUCUUUUUGCACAUGGAGGAGGUUCGCAGGCUGAGGAUACAGCAAAGAAUAAAAAAUGCUGAACUAGGAACCUUCAAUGAGAAACAAGAAAGUGAACUUCCCGACUUUCCAUCUUUCAUUCCUUUCUUACCUCCCCUGACACCAGCAAACCUAAAGUUGUACUAUGCUACCUGCUUCACUCUCAUUGGGGGAAUUAUCAUUUUUGGUGGUCUUCUUGCACCAACUCUGGAGCUCAAGUUGGGAAUAGGAGGAACAUCUUAUGCCGACUUUAUAAGAAGUGUGCAUUUGCCUAUGCAACUAAGUCAGGUCGAUCCAAUAGUAGCAUCUUUCUCAGGUGGAGCUGUCGGAGUUAUAUCAGCUUUAAUGGUGGUUGAGAUCAACAAUGUCAAGCAACAGGAGCAAAAGAGAUGCAAAUAUUGUUUAGGAACUGGAUACCUUGCUUGUGCACGCUGUUCAAGCACUGGCACUCUUGUUUUAGCCGAGCCUGUUGCCACUGUUAAUCCCAUUGAUCGUCCUCUAUCACCACCUCGGACAGAGAGGUGCUCAAAUUGUUCAGGUUCAGGGAAGGUUAUGUGCCCAACAUGCCUAUGCACAGGGAUGGCCAUGGCCAGCGAGCACGAUCCUCGCAUCGAUCCAUUUGAUUAAAUCUCUCAAGUCUCGUUUCAGCAUGCAAUGAGUUGGUUUACCACUGUUUUCACUUUGCAAGUGGAUUGCCUGGGCAGGCCUCGUGCCGCAGUUAUUUCUUCAAUCCAACUACGCAGUACUUAGUUCAUACAGGCGUUCAAAAAUAUACCAGUGUGAGUAUAUAUGCAUGCGGAAGCUAAUCUCAAUUCUGGAUGUUUACACCAUCAAGCUGGAGUCGUGUGUUUUUAUCAGUGAAUUAGUGUUGUAGUUUGCAAUAAAAACCUUGGGAGUUCAAUCGCAAUAGACUUUAUGUAGUUAAUUUUAUGAUUGCUUCUGCUGUGCCAGUGAGGAUGCUUACAAUAUAUACAAUAUACUUAAAUUUCAAAAGGUUCUCCAUCUAGUUAUUUUAGUAUUGUUAA